CGAGGAUAUAAUUGCAUGGCGGAUGGGUUGCUAUCUAAGGAAAUAUAACAAUUUUGAAGUGUUUCGCGAUAAGAAGCUCCAUUUUUUAUCAUACACAGAUCACAGCGAACUAUUAAACACAGCUGGCAGUCACGGAGUAAGCCACUGUUAACUAAGCAUCCGUGGUGAUAAUGUGUCCACUGAAUUCGAGAACAAGUGUCCAUGGAUAUUGAAAGAGUUGAUGCUAUUAAUAAAUAUAAAUACAUCUUUAUGGAAAUGUGAUGAUAAUGUCAAGAUGUGCAAGUACUUAGUGUGUGCUUUGGUAGUGACAAGUUUGUAAUUAAUGUGCGUAAAUUGUGUACCCAAACGAUGAAUUUGAAGUUUGAUUAGGUAAAGUUUAAGUGUUUACAUACAAGUGUAUUGACGGACAGUGAAUGCUCCAUCCUCUGUAGCAUUUUCAUUGAUGUUGAUGACACGGAAAUAUAUUUACACUGUUUGUGUAAACAAUGCGUCAUUCACAAACUCUUACUUGAUGCAAUAUACGGAAUAAAAUUGGACUGAAUUAAACUGAUUAUUAAUGAAAAAAAUUGUGAUUGUGCACUUCGUAAAUGGAACACGUAUUUUCUGCUGCUGAUGCCUCAAUAUAUUGGAUUUUAUUAUACGAUCAUAAAUAGGUGCAAAAUAUUAAUAUUGAAUAUAUUAACAAACAUUAUUAAAAAACGCUCCACAUAUUCAGCAUAGUAAGUGUCACGUAACAAUUUAAUUGUGGUCCAAUAAAAACACCGUAAUGUAUCCUCACGAAGAAAUGCAAAGCAGAUUAGACCGAUAAGCGUGGAGGGCAUGAGUCGGAUAUGUUAUAUACACACUAAGUCGGAGGUUUAUUUAAAAUGUUGAUGAAAAUAUCAUCUUUGGCGUUCUAGUGUGUUAUAUAAAUUUGGAGUUGCCCAUGUAUACCUGGACGACUAUUUUAAAGUGGAAUUUAUCAAGUGUUCACAUCGAAAAAGAAACAUUUAAACUACGGAAAAUACACUAAGUCCAAAUUAAAUUGAAAUAUGAUAAACAAGGAAAUAUACUCAAGAGGACACUGCGUAGAUUUUGAGUAAGAUACAUGAAAUCAAGUCAUCAUGUAUGUUUUACUAUUAUUGCUCCUCACAUUCUGUGCUAGUCCGUGCGUUGCUGGCAGGCAUUGCCGGAAGUGGCCAAAGGAAAUGACGACGCUUUCCUGGGCAAACGAAACCGUUUGUUUAGGUGACCUUGAAAAUAAAACUGUGGUGUGCAAUGGAUAUAACCGUGACGCAACAUUGAAUGAUUUAGUCAACAUGCCAUGGUCGGUAAAAACACUUUACAUAUACGGUUUCAACUUAAAUCUAAGCGCUGAGAUAUUUCCGACAAAUAACACGCUUGAAAAAUUGUACAUUUGCAAAACAAUUAUAAACAAUUUAACAACAGACUCGUUUUCAGCAUUACAUCAUCUACAAAAGCUGGAGAUACAACAAGCAGCGAUGUCUGAUGAACAGCACAUUACAUUGUUUCAGGCAUUAGCCAAUAUAAGUGUUCACCAAAUAAAUCUUACACUGUCUGAAAUAGGUCUAACAGAAGACACUUUGGGGAACUUUACCUUAAACCAAACCUCUGUUUAUAAACUUAAUAUGGACGAUAAUUUAAUUGGCUUACUAAACCUGUCGUUGUUUGCGGGAAUUCGUAAUUUGACAAUAUUCGAAGCAAGGGAUAAUAGAAUAGAACAUAUAUAUGGUUUUGAGGAAAUGGAGGAAUUAAUAUCUUUCGAUGUUUCGAACAAUUCAAUAAGCGAAUAUUCGUUUAAUUUUUGCAAUGCAAGCGGUCCAACGAGCCUCUUCCCGAGGCUAAACAAUCUGAUAUUAUCAAGAAACAGAAUUGGAGAUAUCAGAAAUGAUACCAUGGGAUGUUUAACAAGCCUAGCAGAGCUUAAAAUGGACUACAAUGUCAUUAAACAGUUUAAUGUUAGUAGCAUUACUAAUAUGGUCAAACUUAAAAAGUUAAAUCUGAGGGGAAACUGGUUAAGUGAUGUUCUUCCUGUGGACUACCCAAAGUCUCUGGCAAGCAUUGAUAUGAGUCGCAACGAGUUUAGUCCAUUCUUACCAAGGAUGUGCAAUGGAAGCACAAAGAAUAAUAUCAAGAAAUUGAAUUUGGACUACAAUCCUAUCAGACGUAUGACAGACAAUUACACCGCCUGUCUUACUAAACUGGAAACACUGACUUUGCACAAAACGUCUAUACUUGAACUAAAUAACAACUCGUUCAUACAUUUCUCGGCCUUGCAAACACUGGAUCUGAGUCAGAUGACCAGAGGACUUCAACGUAUCGAAAGAGCUGCAUUUAAUAGUUCAACAUUGAAGUACCUGGAUCUAAGUAGGAACUACAUUAAACUUUACUCAGACGAUAUGAAGUCAAUCUUCAAGUUUACACCUGAAAUUAGAAUUCUGAAUCUAUCGUUUAACUUCAAUGGAGAGAUGAACGCCUCAGGUCUGUGUGAAAUAUUGUAUCCGCUGGAAAACCUCGAACAUUUGAGAAUCGAACACAUUGGUCUGCAACAGUUCCCACUAGAAAUUUUCAACUUAUCGAUGGGGCUGAUUAGUCUUAAUGUAAGCAAUAACAUUAUCCGAGAUGCUGGGCAAUUUAACGCUAAAGUAUUAUAUAAUACCAAUAUAAGUUAUAUAUCAGCUGCAAAAAACAAGCUAACAUUUAUUACCGAACAAAUCUUUCCUGAUGAUGUGAUGAGGUCGUUACAAUUUCUUGAUAUUCAGGACAACGAAUUUUCUUGCGACUGCGAUGACAAAAGUUUCUGGUUCAGGGAACAAAUCAAAGAAAGAGCCGGCAAGGGUUUCAUUGGCAAUAGUCAACUGAUUGGAUGGCCAGAACACUUUAAGUGUCAUUCGCCCGCAGUAGCCAAAGGGACGCUCUUAAGAGACUUUAACGAGAAGCUACAGAGAUGCCACCAGCUCCCAGUUCCUUAUUUGGUGGCAUACAUUGCAAUAAGUAGUACAACAUUUGUGCUAGUCGUGUUGUUUGUUGUAGGUUUCUGGAAUAGAUGGUAUCUGCAAUACUACUGGCAUAAUAUGAAGAAACGGUCUAGAGCAAACUCGUUACCAGAGAGUGACUGCUUCGAAGAGUCGGAAGGGCAGCCACUUCUGCGGGUGAAAUACGACGGAUACGUACUGUGUGACUCUAAAGGACUGGACAAACAUGCGGUGACAAAAGUGAUUGAUCUGUUUGAAAGGGAGCUCAAUUACAAAUUACAUUACGAACACCGCGACGGGGGACUCGGAGGAUCGGCGAUAGAAAUGACAUUCGAGGCGAUGGACCAAUCGAAAAACAUCGUUGUUGUGGUUACAGAAAAUCUCAUGCGGGACGGCUACUGCAGGUUCCUUGUAGAAAUAGCGUGCCUCAGUAAACAGAACGGCAAAAAGAGGUGGGACGUGGUGUUUAUUCUUAUGUCAGACAUAAAUUUGAAAUCCCUAAGCAAGUCAUGGUGCGUGUGGUUUACCAGGUAUACACGUGCAGACUGGACCGAGGAAACAGAAGGCAUCCAGAGGAAACUCCUAGAAGCAAAAAUAUCUGAAGUAUUUGAGGACCCUUUACCACAAAACUUCAUAAGACGCAGACAUGUUCACGACCAAAAUGACAACGGUUGAUUUUGUUUCUGAAAUUAAGAUAAAACAGGCGGACAGUGAAAAUUACAACAGUUAAGGUGAUCUCGCUUCUAAAACCGGCGGACAGUGAUUGUUAGAGACAGUGGAACAGUUUUUUAUGUUCGCUAUUGACAUUCAUAUAUAUCCAAGAGAGGUUACGUAUGAAAGACAUUUGGCGACUUUUGUCAAUAAUUAAAGCAAAUUUUAAAUAAAUCUCUUUGUUUGAAGAGCGUAUUGUGAGUCACCGGAUUAUGGUUGUACUAACAGACUAACAUAGUCACGGCAUUAAACAACUUUACAGUUACCACAUGCAAUAAGUGACUUAAAUAAAAGACAAUAAAGUGCUCCGGAAUUUGUAUUGAUAUGUACUUAACAUGUAUUUAUAAGCACUGAAUGUUGAUGUUGAUAGAAACAUGUAUUAAAGCUAAUUAAUAUAAUUACUUUCAAAAAUUAACAUGACAAAGGAAUUAUUUUUUCCUUCUUUGAAAUAUUAUUAUAACACUUUUAUUGUUGGUUUAGUUUAGACCUAUUUAUUUAAAUAUUUAAAGUUGAUUGCAUCAAAAGCCUAAAGCUUAUUUGAACACUAAAUAAGUAAAAUGUAUAGACAGUUAUUAAUUUAACAGGGUUGUCUGCUUAGUGAUAAAUGUUGAUGUUGCGUACGCAAAUACUAUGAUAUUGUUUUAUACAUGUUAACCAUGUGGUGUAACUGAUAUUUCAUACGUGGAGUGUUAACCCUUUGCAUGCUGGGAAAUUUGUUGUCUGCUAAAAUGUCGUCUGCUGAAUUUAUAAAAUUAGCAUUUUUUCGAUUUUUUUCAAAGAAUACUAUAAGAAUAGCAAACAGUUUGGACCCUGAUGAGAGUCCACGUUCUGUGGCGUCUCAUCUGGAUCAAAACAGUUUGCAAAGGCCUUCAAAAUUCGGUUCCAGCACUGAAAGAGUUAAUAAGAUUGAAUAUUUUGGUUGUUCUUUAUUCUUGUAUCAACAAUCACACACUGUCAUAGUAAUGCACACAUUCUCAUUUUAAUUGAUUUACUUUUACGGCAAUGGUGUUAACCUUUUUUAACCAAGUUUUAAUUAAAUAACUUUUUGUUGUUAUUUUAAAGUUAAAAGUUUUAAACUCUUCCUGCGUCAAAAGUAGUAUUGUCUUGUUCAAAGCAUGCGAACCUUUAUGCAGAUUCAUUAAAAGUGCUGUUUAAAUCAAAACCUCGUUAACAACUUCUGUUUCAAAUACUACACGAUACUCAAAAUGUAUCGCCAACAGUGCUCAGUAAAACGCCGAACUGAUUUGUUAAAGUUAGUAGUUUUUUGUUUUGUUUAUCAAUGCAUAACUCAUUCAUUUUUUCAGCGUUCAUCAAGUUAAUACACACAUAUCUAUGUUGUUUGAAUUACGGUAUUUUCUAUAUUGAUAUUCGAUGCCUUAGUGUGCAUUUGUUAUCUUUUAUUUAAAGGAAGGCAUGUGAAGUGUUUUGGUGUAAGAAUAUUUAAAUGUAAGUAAAAGUCAGCUUCGCGUUUUUCAUGAACUGAAUUAUGCCUGUCUUGAUGAAUUGAAUGAUCAUAUUUUCAUGAAUCCACCUCUCUGUAUGGUAACACACAUUCUUGGCACAUGUGACAAAAAGGUCAUACGAGCCUUGUUGUGAGAAAACUGGGCUUAAUGCAUGUGCUCAAAGUGUCAUCCCAGAUUAGCCUGUGCAGUCCGCACAGGCUAAUCAUGGACGACACUUUCCGCCUAAAUUUUUUGCUAUGAAGACUUCAUUGUAACGAAAAAUGUCAUAAAAGCGGAAAGUGCCGUCCCUGAAUAGCCUGUGCGGACUGCACAGGCUAAUCUGGGACGACACUUUACGCACAUGCAUUAAGCCCAGUUUUCUCAGAACGCAGCUCAUAUUUUUACUGGAGUGUGAAACAAAUAUCAUUCUUCUUAUUGCUAGUCCGGUGAGCUAGUCAUUUGUGUUUCAUGGUAUCUGACUACUAGAAUACUAUAAUCUGGACUUAUACACAAGAUGUGAUUAGCACAAUGGAAUAGAAUUGUCCUUUUAUGUGUUUGUUAUGUUGUUGUUUUUAAUUAAACUGAAACAAAGUUAGAUGUUUACAAAAUAUUGUUGUUAAAACACGUCAUGCAUCUAUAUUUAGACAUUUCCUCAGAAUCGAGUUUAGUUAUGGUUGUACUCAUAGCGCGUGAAUUCAACGUUUUUUUCUUAGUUAGUUUGUGACUUUAAAAUUUGUUAAAACGAUGAAAAAACGAUGUAGUGUCCAUAUCAUGUUUUAAUGAUUUAAAAUCAUUUUAAUAAAAUACAAGCCAUUGAA